UUAAUAAGAAAAAAGAUCGAUAAAUAUCUCUCCUCGCCUCUGCUUUUUUCAAACUAUCGAAUCUACAUCGCCCUUGUGAUUGAAUCUCUGCCGUGACAAAAGGGUCCCUCUCGAUUUGCGAACAUGGCGCCGCCGGCAAGAGAAUCAGCGGCGGUGGCGGAGACGGCCGCGGGCGGCGGUGGAGAUCAGGCUCAGCGGAGGCAGCAGCAAGGCGGUGGAUUUGGGCAGACUAUCACCGGUAUCAUUAGGAUCGCCGUUUUCUGGUACUUUGCUUCCAAGUUCUUCUCUCCGAAGCGACCUGCGGAUCCUUCCCAGCUCAUGUCCAAUAUCUUCCAGAAGGGUGAACCCUUGGAUAUAUGGUUGUAUCUCUCGGAGAACGAGAAAUUCAGAGACUUUGGCAAUGAAGGUGCACUUGUUUGGCAUGAAACAAAUAUCCCUUAUGCUGUGUGGAAGCCAGAAAGUACCAGGACCCUGUCACUGAAGUAUUAUCCAUCCGAGGCAUUGAAGCAUAAUGGGAGUCUAUAUGCCCAUGUCUUCUUUGCUCGGUCUGGUUACUCCGUCGAUCCUAGUGAUCCUGAGUACCAACCUCUUAAUAGUUUUGGCAGGACACAACCUGUUGUUACUUACUUGCCGAAGCCAAAAGCUGAUAAGACGAAGAGCUUGUUGGGAAAUCCCACAGGCUCUGCUGAAUCAAAACCGGAGGUUGAUGAAAACGAUUUGGAUCUCAAGGACGAGGGCCCUACAGAAUGGAUAUCCUACUGGAAACCGAAUAUCACAAUUAACCUGGUUGAUGAUUUUACUCGCUACUCAAGGAAUGGUGUACCACCAAAUAUUGCUCCCUACUUGCUUGUUGAGCCUCGCACAGGAAAUUACUACCCAACAGUUUCCUUCAAUGAAUUUUGGCUUCUAAAGGACAAGCUGAUCCAAAUCAAUGAGACUGUCACAGAAUUACCACUUAAUCUGGAAGUGAGCCCCAUAAGCAUGACAAAGUGGCAGUUAUUUCUUCAAAUUGACCAGUCUUUCCAGAUUCAUCGUAGCUAUGGAAGCAUGCUGGAUGGUGAAUCUGAUGAGCUGAAGAGGGUGUUUCUGGAAGGAAAUCCUUACCUUCUAGCCAUCACAACAGUGGUUUCAGUACUUCACUCGGUUUUCGACUUCCUGGCAUUUAAAAAUGAUAUUCAGUUUUGGAACAAAAAUAAAUCUAUGGAAGGACUGUCUGCAAAGUCAGUUGUACUAAACUUUAUAUGCCAGCUCAUUAUCUUCCUCUACCUGCUCGACAAUGACACUUCAUGGAUGAUACUGGGUAGUUCAGGCGUCGGUGUCUGUAUUGAGUUUUGGAAAAUAGGGAAAGCAAUGCGCAUAGAGAUUGAUCGAAGUGGAAGGAUUCCAAUGCUGAGGUUCCAUGACCGUGAGUCAUAUGCAAAGAACAAGACUAAGGAGUACGAUGAUAUCGCGAUGAAAUACUUGUCCUAUGUUGUCUUCCUUCUCGUCGCAUGCUUUUCUGUGUAUUCCCUCAUGUACAAACGCCACAAGAGCUGGUAUUCAUGGAUCCUAUCUUCACUAACAAGCUGCGUUUAUAUGUUUGGUUUUAUAAUGAUGUGCCCUCAGCUAUUCAUCAACUAUAAGCUGAAAUCAGUGGCUCAUCUUCCAUGGAGGCAAAUGACAUACAAGUUCCUCAACACCAUAAUCGACGAUCUCUUUGCCUUUGUUAUCAAAAUGCCAUUGUUGCAUCGCCUCUCCGUCUUCCGAGAUGAUGUAAUAUUCUUGAUAUACUUGUACCAAAGGUGGAUUUACCCAGUGGACAAGACGCGUGUGAACGAGUUCGGGUUUGGAGGUGAGGACGAGACUGCAGAGAAGAUCACUGACAAAGAAGAUGAGAAGAAAACCAACUGAGAUUGUCUUCUUGUUUUUUUUUUUUUUUUUUUUUUUUUUUCUCCACUUUAUAAGCCAUUUUGACAUUAACUUGUUUCAGUAGGUAACUUAAUUGCUAUUUUCCCCUACAAAAUUUGGUGAAGUUUGUAACGUUGAAAAGUCCAUUUCAUUUCAUAGUUUUCUAUA